AUGUCCUUCAAGAAAGGCAGUGUGUUGAAUAUGAUCAAAGCUGGUGAGGAACCCUUCCCGCGAGACACUCCUCUGCUUCCCAAGUCAGACAUCACUUUGGAUCAGUUGAUGCACGAUGAAGAGAUUUCGUAUCUCGAAGCCGUUGAGGUCAUGUUUCGCUUGAGAAAGGAAUCCAACCUUGCUGAAAUGCCCUUUGUGCCGAAGCCAAAGGCCAAAGCCAAGGCCAAAGCCAAGGGCAAAGCCAAGGCUUUGCCAGAGGCUGCCGAGGAACCUGCAGCCCCAAAGGAUCCCACAGCAACCAAGGUAGAUUUGGAGGGGCUUCUGCGCAUGCACGAAGGGGUUCAGAAGCGCAAAGCAAAUGAGGCUAGCAAGUCUGUUGAGGCCCCAGCGGGCCCCGACGGUUCUGAAGCUAGCAAGAAAUCCAGGAAGAAGGCGUGUGAACCUUCUGCAAAGUCUGUGGAGCCUGUUGCUAAGGCCAAGGUUUCGGGAAAGGCUGUGGAGCCUGCUGCGGCCAAGGUUUCAGCAAAAGCUGUCGAGCCUGCUGUGCCCAAGGUUUCGGCAAAGGUGGCUGUGCCGAAGGCUUCUGGAAAGGCUUUGGAGCCUGCUGUGCCAAAGGUUUCGGCAAAGGCUGUGGUGGCUGUGCCAACCAAGGUUUCUGGAAAGGCUGUGGAGCCUGCUGUGCCCGAGGUUUCGGCAAAGGCUGUGGUGGCUGUGCCGAAGGCUUCUGGAAAGGCUUUGGAGCCUGCUGUGCCAAAGGUUUCGGCAAAGGCUGUAGUGGCUGUGCCAACCAAGGUUUCCACGCCUGCGGCGAAGGCUUCGAAAAGGACUGUCGAGCCGUCUGUGCCGGCUGAGGUUUCGGAAAGCGGAGUGGAGCCAAGCGCCAAGGUUGCCAAGACUGCGCAAGCUACUGCAAAGGCUUCUGGAAAAGCUGUGGAGCCUGCUGUGCCGAAGGUUUCGCGAAAGGCUGUGGAUGAUGCUGAUCGUGGUGGCCACGACUUGUCCUGCGGCACGCUCGAGGGAGCAGAGCAGCAGCUUCAGAUGCAGAAGUCGGCCUUGAA